UUCACUACUUUGUGUCGGAAUGUUUUUGUACAGAGCUGAUAUUCCUCAAGGAUUGCUAUUUAUUCUAUCUUUUGCAUUCUGUACUUUUAUUUCAUUCGCAAAUGUUACGUUUUUAGUCGUUAUUUGCUGCCAGAUUUGAUAAAACGUCAUGCCGCGUAAAAAUUCUUGGUUUAAAUAUGUUCGACUUAACGUGAUGAAAAUUAUGGGAGGAUGUCACACAACAUUUGGCAGCAUUAUAAUACUUCUCCAGUGUGCUUCGGAAAUCAUAAGCUGGAUCUUCCAUGAUCACAAUCUUUUCGAAAACCAUUUCAAGCCUGGAAUAUGGUUAGGAACGCCCAUUCUCAUCCUGGGUAUUGCCUGUUUAGUACAGCAUAAGCUCCACAACCCCAAACUCCAUCGCUUUAUUGUUGUUUUCACGGUGGUGGUUUUUAUGAUCUGCGUGACCUUUAUGGCUAUCAAAGUCCGGUAUUCCCUCCACGAUCCGGAACUGUCGACAUUCGAAGACUGCCAAAGUCCCAAAUGGCCAGCGGCUUUUAUUCUCGACAUGGCGCCGCACUGUAACGCUUUGCGGAUGAAUAACUCGGUGGGACAAAUGAUGCUGGCCUUUGCUAGCGCCGUGAUCAUUGUAGGAAUCACAGGGACGGUCAUUGCGCAGCAUUUUGAUUAUGGACCGGUGCCGGUGUCAUCGCGAACGACAUCGCCGAGUUCCCAACUCAGUCCCCGGUCAUCGAUUAGCAGUCGUAAUGGAAACGGGACCUUACUGUGAACAAAAAUUUUCUUAGGUUCCUUUGUUAUGAGUAAUCGGCGAAAAUACGAUUCUCUUUGUUAGUUCUGAAAUAUAUGUAUUGUAACUUACCACCCCAUUUGUGAGUUAUUUCUUUCAAAUUGUACAGCAACGCAUGGUCGCUUAUUAAUAAACUGGUUACUGCAAAA